AUGUCGAAGAAGCCGGCGGCGGCGCCGACGUUGCACAAGGUGAUAAUGGUGGGGUCCGGUGGAGUGGGCAAGUCUGCGCUCACGCUGCAGUUCAUGUACGACGAGUUCGUCGAAGACUACGAGCCCACCAAGGCCGACAGCUACAGGAAGAAGGUGGUGCUGGACGGCGAGGAGGUUCAGAUCGACAUCCUGGACACGGCGGGGCAAGAGGACUACGCCGCCAUCCGCGACAACUAUUUCCGCUCGGGCGAGGGUUUCCUGUGCGUCUUCUCCAUCACGGAGCCCGAGAGCUUCGACGCGACGCAGGAGUUCCGCGAGCAAAUCCUACGCGUGAAGAACGACGACAACAUCCCCUUCCUGCUGGUCGGCAACAAGUCGGACCUCGCCGACAAGCGCCGGGUGCCGCUCGACGUCUGCCGGGAGCGCGCCGCCGCGUGGCACGUGCCCUACGUCGAGACCUCGGCCAAGACGCGCGACAACGUCGACAAGGUGUUCUUCGACCUGAUGCGGGAGAUCCGGUCGCGCAAGUCGGACGACGGCCGCGCCACCAACGGCGACGUGCGCGGAAAGAAGAGAAGGAAAAUCAAGUGCGCCAUCUUGUAG